AAGCUUGUCCUUUCGAGCCACCCCUUUCCACCUGAAAUGCCCAUGGCCGUAAUGGAACAGUUAGAACGUUUCUCUGUCCUAGAUUGAUUUCUAUGCUGUCCGCUCGAAAGAACGGUCUACUACGUUGGCUGGAAAAUUCAGCCAGCUAAUUCUCUUGGCUGACAGAGAGGGGUGGACUGUCGCGCGACUCGGGCCGGAGGGUGAGCUCGCCAAUCCCCGCCCCUGGCGAAGAUCCGCCCUCGGCUUCGAGUGUGCUUGACGAGCGAAACUGUACGGAGGUAGGGAACACUAGCCGUCAAGUGCUCGUCGAGGACACUCAAAAAGUACAAGGAGAGUCCUUCAGCCUAGACCAAGUCGAAUCGAGUCUACCCGUUUCCUCCGAUCUUCUUCAUCUCCUUCGAUCUCUACGUCGAUACAAAAUGAACGUGACGUGAGUUGCCGCGAUGUUUCCACGGGUUCCUGGUUCUCGUGACAGUGCCGCGGAACGUUUAAAGCUUUCAAACGUCGUUGCUUGAAAGCAUAGCGGUGUGUCGUCUGGAAUCUAAACUAAGAUCGAGCUCGCGAGUGUUGGUGAAACGAACGAUGAACCGCGAAGAACCGUUCGAUAGGAAGACAAUGAUCGGGUGUGCGAGUGAACUGAUCGUUUGAACGAUGAGCGAUUCGGAGUGAUUUGGGGAAGUGAUAUUUAAACGAGUUGGAGUAGAGAAAGGGGACGAGAGUAGGCAGAAGGUAGGAGAGAAUUUUAGAAAAGAAAACCGAACGGGAAGAGGGGUUUUAAAAGAUAAAAGAAACGGGAAAAAGGGAGUAAUAGAAAAAGAGUGAACGAGUGUGCGAGAACCACGAGGACAUUAACAUGUACUGACGCCACUACUAACAUCUCCUCGACCUUUCAAAAUGGCGGACAAGAAUAAGAUUCUACCCUGGCCGCUGCUAUCCUAUCCGACCAGUCUCUUGAAUCACGUCUGGUACAGCCAGAUCGCUUUCAAUAAUAGAAUAUUAGAGAGCAUCAAAAUGCCCAGAACAAGUUUCCACAUUCAUGACAUCCUGCAGCUUGAUUCUAAACCAUCCCAGGACGAAACGGAGGUGCAAGGUAGUACCACGGUGCUACCGACCACGAACGAUGUUCCGUCGGCGUAUCAACAGUUUUUCGAACACACGACGGCCAUGUUACAGCCCGCGAUAUACGCCAACUUGAACAGAGGCACCCUACCACCCCCGCCACCUGGUUUAUUGGGAUGGCCGACUGGUCCAACGUUACCAACAACGUUACCACAGCCUCUGGAGGAAGUUAAUGUGUUGCAGCAGCCAGACUCAACGAGCCCGACGAUCUCUGAUCUUUCGUUCCCGCCGAAACAGGAGACAAACCACGAGUGUAAGGAGGAGGAGUCCGCUGAUUUCGAAGACGAGCAGCAGGCAAACGAGGCGCAACCACACGAGACGGAGCACAAGAAACGAAAAAGACGAGUGUUGUUCUCGAAAGCGCAAACGUUCGAGCUCGAGAGGCGUUUUCGACAACAGAGAUACUUGAGCGCGCCGGAAAGAGAACAUCUGGCCUCGAUCAUUCGACUGACGCCCACGCAGGUGAAAAUUUGGUUCCAGAAUCACAGGUACAAGACAAAACGAGCAGCUACCGAAAGGGUAGAAGCCAGUGGAAGUGGAUGUUCACCCAGAAGAGUUGCUGUUCCACUGUUGAUUAAGGAUGGAAAACCUUGUCAGUCGAAAUUAAUGGAACCUACCACGUAUCCAAGCACUGGCCAAGUUCCUAUGCCUCCGUACAUGCAAAAGCCAUACUGGUGGUAAAAGAAGCAACGGUGAACUGUUAAACGCAAUCGUCAAAUGAAUUGCGAAACAAUUUCGUCGUGGACUAUUGCUAGAAUAUUGGACGUUGUUGGUACUGGGAUAUCUGAGGGAUUGUUGGGAAAUGGGAAUCGGAUAAUCGUUAUAAGGGUAGGUUUAUCCGCAGGUUUGUGGACAAAACGGUCGAAGAUUGUUAUUGUUAAGUGAUUAGAUUCCGGUGACACAAGAUGAAAUAUGGUUACCGUCUACGAAUAAUGGACGCUCUUCCUGAAACGAAGAAAAGAAAAUGGAUGGGUGAUGUCUUCUCUUGUGAAUAAAACUGUUGAUGGUUUUCAUGACCAGAUUCUGUGAAGAUUUGUGAACAAUUCGAUCGAUGGUUAUUAUUUAUGGACAACGAAGAAGAGUGGAUCUUUCUGAGAGGAAUAGGAAACGGAGUUUCCCUAUCGAAUAUUAAUAUUAAUAUUGAUAAUUAUUAGAUUUCGAUGAACGAGGAUCGAAAGAUAACUUGUGAAUAAUCUCGUCGAUGAUUAUUACCAACGACAAAGGUUAGAUAUUUUGGAAAGGAAGAAUAAUCUAAGUGGUAUCGAUUUGAUCGAUUUGAGUAGAGGCGAUCUGAUACAACCUGCCGGUCUAUUAUACGUUUCCGGCUCUCGGGAAAGCAUUAACAGGAUCAAUUUGUCGUUCCUUCGAGUACCUUCUACCUGUACAGGUUUUUACGAACAGCACGCGGUUGCCUGUGUUUCGAAUUGGACAGAUUUGGUUAUCGUCCAAUUGGACUGAUACAGUUACCUUCUACGAAUAAUGGACACUCUUUUGAAACGAAGAAGAGAAAACGGAUGGAUGAUGUCUUCUCUUGUGAAUAAAACUGUUGGUGGUUUUCGCGACCAGAUUCUGUGAAGAUUUGUGAACAAUUCGAUCGAUGGUUAUUAUUUAUGGACAACGAAGAAGAGUGGAUCUUUCUGAGAGGAAUAGGAAACGGAGUUUCUCUAUCGAAUAUUAAUAUUAAUAUUGAUAAUUAUUAGAUUUCGAUGAACGAGGAUCGAAAGAUAACUUGUGAUUAAUCUCGUCGAUGAUUAUUACCAACGACAAAGGUUAGAUAUUUUUGAAAGGAAGAAUAAUCUGAGUGGAAUAGGACACGAGGUAACGAAUAAUUUAUCGAUCAUUAACAAAUAGGCCCAUCCAAAACCGGAAAAGUAUCUUAAAACCACAGUCAACAACGGAUUAAGUGCUUCGUAAACAAUAUCUUAACUCAAAAAGUUCAGUUGUUGAAAAAGACAAGUGAUAAUCGAAGAAUCUUAAAGUAAUAUAUACCGGUAAACAUCGAUGUUAAAAAUUGUUACGUUAUUAAUAAUUUCAGGAUACGGAGAAUACAAGUUGCCCAAGAAAAAUUCAGUGAGAUGUUCUGGAUCGAAGAAAAAGAAAACACAAGUUGGCAUCUGAAAGAUAACUUUGAGAAAAACCAUGCUGAAACUCUAAAGUGAAUUCCAAUGGGAAACAAACGUUACCGUUACCCUUCGUACUAAGAUUAUCAAGAACGAAACGUGUUAUUAGCGUAGGUGUCGUUAACAGUAACGAAGAGUGUGUUGUCUACGGAACUUCGAGGAUAUUCGUGUUCUCGUUGUUAGAAUAAAUGAAUUACUCCCGGUCGAAGUUGACGAUAGACAGAGGCGUUUUAAUUCGUUAAAAAAAUGAUCGAACGCUACGCGAUGGAGACACGCCGCGAAUUACACAAAUUCGAUGAAACUUUUAAUCGAUAAAAGUGUCAUUCGAGUGAUACUAUGCGACUACCGAUACCGACUACGUCGUGUUUCCUCCAUCGUAUCAGAUGUUCGCGGUGGACUGUUAAAACCAAAAAUGAAAAAUCCUACACUUCGUAACGACAGAGUGAUCUACGACACUAUAAAUAGAAAAUUGGAUAAGAUACGUAUGUAUAUACCAUUGUCGAGUCAAAACUUUGGAAUCACAGUACCAGUCGAUGUAUAAUUUUGCUAAUUCGUAAUACUUUCUAGUCAAAUAAAUUUAAAUGAACUAAACUAGAGAAACGAAAGAACUUUGACCAUAAAGAACGACUUCGAUUAGAUUACUUAAUUUUAGAGUAUUAAUAGGUUUUAUCGCGUAAAAUCAAGAAUAAUAUGCAAUAAGGCUGGGUAUCCUAAAAGAUUAACUAGCUUAAUUUAAAUUAUUGUAAUUAUUAUAAUUUAACGACCAUCCAUCACCCCAAUCACACCUUUACCGAUAUCCGAAAUAGCUUUAAUACCAAAUAUCCUCGAAUACUCCUAUAAGCAACUAUCGUUAGUCGAGAAGAUCGAUUAAGCAUAGCUAAGAGCGUGAUUUCAAAUUUUUGGCCAGUAUCGUAGGAUCGAUCGUUAGAUAGAUUCGCAGUUUUCAGAUUAUUCGUUUUGUACAAAGCUGUGGUUAGUCCAUGUAGCGUGUAUGUAUGUGUAUAUAUGAGUGUACUUUGAGAAAAGUAUUUCUCACGUUCAUAGUUAAAGAUGCUAACAGAGAUCCGUCAUUCCCUCUUACGAAUAACGGAUAAAGAAAUGAAGUAUCAAAGUUAAUAUGGUCGUUUUUCAUAAGACACUUGUAAAAGAAAAUAUCGUGCAGUAAAAUUGCAAAGAUUCCUGAUUGCUCUUAUGUAAUACGAACACACCACAUUCUAUCAAUCUAAUCGCGAUAACGAGAUAAAAUAAAGCGAAAAACAAUCUCUCAUGAAGAGUUAGAGAGUGAAAAGGUCGUUACGUGUACAUUCUUACAAAAUGUAAUUAGUCGGAAGAAUUAAGCUUGCAACACGAGAGAUUUAAUCCUUAAAGGUUGUCGCUGGUAAAAUCGCAGCUCAUCUUACGAACGUCCAUUUAUUAUCGUUCGAUGUUAAACGGACGUUAGAAAAUUGUUUUAUUUGCAGUGAUUAGAAAUAAUAAUAUCGCGAUGGUAGAAGAAAAUUCGUAUGGGAUGAAAUCCCACGCGCGAUAGCCUUUAAGGGAUAAUUUCUUUCCAUUUUUUUAGAAAUAAAAAGAAAAAUCACCAUAUAUAGAUUCGUAGCAGAAAUUCGAAUCUUGUGAUCGUCGAGGAAAGUAUUACACGGUAAGUCGUUAAUUAUACGAUUUGAACGUCCGUUGUAAAAUAAACACAGGCCAGUUUUCGAAGAUUCUCGAUCGUUUCGUUUCUCGGAGAAACGUUUCGUAGAACGAGGGGGGAAGCAGGUAUUAUAGUGUAAUUAUAGAGAAGUGACUUGACAGAUACCAGUCGAUACAGAGAUCCCAGAUUAUUACCUUUAAUUAAGUAGCGAGUAAUUACGUCGAAUAGGUUGUAUAUAUGUACAUUGUAUAUAAUACAUAGUAGUCUGAUAUAUCAGACACAUAUUUAAUAAAAUCGAAUCUUAAGCAAA